UCAUAAGCACGAAACGCACCACGAAACGGCCGUCUUCCCUUCCUCCUCCCGCGCGCGCGCACCAUCGAGAGAGACGAAACAGAGCGAAACCCUAUCCCUACCCCUAGAUUCGGUGACGGAGGUGAUGCAACGGAGCGGCAAGGACGUGCAGGGGAUGGCGGCGCCACACGUCGCUCUCCAGGAGCUCCAGAACGGCGGAGGCGGCGCCGGCCGCGACGACUUCUUCGAUCAGAUGAUCUCCGGCCUCGCCCCCGCCUGGCCGCCGGGGCUGGGGGACCCCAAGUUGCUCUUCGGGGCUGGCGUCGGUGGGAAGGCGCCGGAGGUGGCGUCGGCGGCAGAGGGAGUGCGCUACGUGCCCUACGACGAGUCCUCGCUGCUGGCCUCGCGGCUCCGGCAGCAGGAGGCCAGCAGAGGUGGGGGCUCGCUGACGGAGACGUCGAUGCUGCUGCAGCUGGGUCAGCACAGUCACCACCAGGCGCAGCAGCAGUUGCUCCUUCAGUCGAUCGCGCAACCGCCGGCGGCCGGCGGUGGAGAUUCGAGGGGCUUUCUUCCGCUGCCGCUCUCCCUCGGGAGCGGCGGUUCCGGGGAUUCCGGCCUCCUCGUCGACAGAUCCCGAGACGAAGUCGAUGCGCCCUUCAAAUCCCCCCAUCUCACCGAGGCGGAGGGGCUUUACAGCAAUGGAUUCGGGGGAUCGCUCCAGCGGGCGAUUCAAGCGCCUACCCAGCAGCAGCUUCUCCAUCAUCCCCAGAACUACGGGAUGGGGCAGGGCACCAGGACGGGGACGGCGGCAGCUUCGGCACCCGCUUGCGGGGUCACGGCGCCGCCGAGGCCGAGGGUGAGGGCGAGGCGAGGGCAGGCGACGGAUCCACAUAGCAUUGCUGAAAGACUUCGGAGGGAGAGAAUCGCGGAGAGGAUGAAAGCCCUGCAGGAGUUGGUGCCCAACGGCAAUAAGACGGACAAGGCAUUGAUGCUGGAUGAGAUCAUCGACUACGUCAAGUUCCUCCAGCUCCAAGUCAAGGUCUUGAGCAUGAGCAGGUUGGGCGGAGCGGCGGCGGUUGCGCCCCUCGUGGCUGAUAUGUCUUCAGAGAACGGGGCGGCAGUCGAUGGCGUGGUGGGCGGCGACGACGGCAGCAUGACGGUGGCGGAGCACCAGGUGGCGAAGCUGAUGGAGGAGGACAUGGGGUCGGCGAUGCAGUACCUCCAGGGGAAAGGUCUCUGCCUCAUACCCAUCUCCCUCGUCUCGGCGAUCUCCUCGGCCGCCGCCUGCCAUCCCCGGCCUCCUGGCUCCGGCUGCCUCGGUCAGCUCAACCGCCCGACGCAUCAUGCAGCUGGCGACGCACCUGCAUCGCCGACCAUCUCCGCGCUGACAGUGCAGUCCACUAACGGCAGCGGCACGGAAGCCGACGCCCCAUGGCCGGCCGGGAGCAAGGACGGAGCCGCCAUUCCUUGAGAUGAGGAAGGCCCACGUCAAAGCUCUCUCUUUUGGGUAUCUUCAUCCUCCAUUAGCUUUUCCCUUUCCUUCAUGUCUAUCUGUUAUCGACUUUACUUUGCUUUCUCUUUCCUCAUCAUUCACAAGCAUGCCUUUCCAUUUGAUUUCAUUGGAAGCUUGUCGUUUUCAUGUAGAUGGAUGGGAUUUUGCAGUAGAUAAAUCAAUAUAAUACAGUGGUGGGGUUGGAGGAGAAUGUGGUGAGGGGGCAAGGAAUGAUGGUGGUGGUGAUAAACUAAAGGAGAUGUGGAGCGGAAAGUGUUUGGUAGUGGAAGUCGAGUAAGAUGUAGUGCGUUAGUCUAUUAUUGGCUUGGGAGUGAUGACUUUAUUUAUUGUCGGUUUGAGGGGGAAGAUAGGGUUUCAAGUUCUUAACACUAGAAUGAUUUUGAUUUGUUGGGUUUUCAGGUGAGACUUAAUGCAACAGUGAUUAUUAACUCA